CCGGGGCGCCGCCGCCAGCGCCAUUGAGGAGCGGCGGGGAGGAAGCGGCGCGCAGUGCCGGGCUGGGGCGGGCGCCGUUCGCGACAGAUUCUUCUGUGACCAUGAGAGAGAGAGAGAGAAAGAAUGAUCCAUGAUUUUUAAGCACCUUGUCUUGAGGAUAUAGACAUGUUGGAAGGUCUUGUAGCCUGGGUUCUCAACACCUAUCUGGGGAAGUACGUCAAUAACCUGAACACUGACCAGCUCUCUGUUGCACUUCUGAAAGGUGCCGUUGAAUUAGAAAACUUGCCAUUAAAGAAAGAUGCCCUGAAAGAACUGGAGUUACCGUUUGAAGUCAAAGCUGGCUUCAUCGGGAAAGUAACCCUUCAGAUUCCCUUUUAUCGCCCCCAUGUGGACCCUUGGGUGAUCUCCAUCUCCAGUCUUCACUUAAUUGGAGCCCCUGAAAAAAUACAGGAUUUCAACGAUGAAAAGGAGAAGCUGUUGGAAAGGGAGCGCAAGAAAGCUCUGCUGCAAGCCCUGGAGGACAAGUGGAAGAGUGAACAGCAGCAGAAAGGGGAAUCCUACUGGUAUUCAGUGACUGCUUCGGUAGUUACGAGAAUUGUGGAGAACAUUGAAUUAAAAAUUCAAGAUGUCCAUUUGCGCUUUGAAGAUGGUGUCACCAAUCCUUCCCAUCCUUUUGCGUUUGGCGUCUGCAUCAAGAAUGUGUCCAUGCAGAAUGCUGUCAGCGAGCCUGUACAGAAAUUAAUGCGGAAAAAGCAGUUAGAUGUGGCAGAAUUUAGCAUCUAUUGGGACGUCGAUUGCACUUUACUGGGGGAUUUGCCUCAGGUGGAGUUACAGGAGGCCAUGGACAAGAGCAUGGAGAGUCGUGAUCAUCACUACAUCUUGGAGCCUGUGUGCGCAUCUGCUCUUUUGAAGAGAAACUGCUCCAAGGAGCCCUUGAGGUCUCGGCACACUCCCCGCAUGGAGUGUGAUAUUCAGCUGGAGACCAUUCCCUUGAAACUCUCUCAGCUGCAAUACCGGCAAAUCAUGGAAUUCCUCAAGGAGCUGGAACGAAAGGAGAGGCAGGUCAAGUUCCGAAAAUGGAAACCCAAAGUGGCCAUAUUUGAGAACUGCCGAGAGUGGUGGUAUUUUGCUUUGAACGCAAACCUGAAUGAGAUCCGAGAGCAGAGGAAGCGUUGUACCUGGGACUUCUUGUUACACCGCGCCCGCGAUGCUGUAUCUUACACUGACAAGUACUUCAGCAAAUUAAAAGGAGGCUUGCUGUCUGCCGACGACAAGGAAGAAAUGUGUCGAAUUGAAGAGGAACAGAGCUUUGAAGAACUGAAGAUUUUGCGUGAGCUGGUUCAUGAACGGUUUCACAAACAGGAAGAACUGGCAGAGAGCCUGCGAGAGCCUCAAUUUGGUUCUCCCGGAGACUCUCCUGGAGACCCCGAGGCCGGCGGAGGCAGCGGGAUGCUGCAGUACCUGCAGUCUUGGUUCCCCGGCUGGGGCGGCUGGUAUGGGCAGCAGACGCCUGAAGGGAAGCCAGCGGAGGGCCUGCCCGCAGAGCAGCCGGAGCAGUGGACUCCGGAGGAGAUCCUGGGCACCGAGGAGUUUUUCGACCCCACUGCAGACGCCUCUUGUUUGAACACGUAUACGAAGCGGGAUCACGUCUUUGCGAAACUGAACCUGCAGUUGCAGCGGGGAACCGUGACUCUGUCACACCAGGAGCAAGGGACCCCCCACACAGACGAAAGUGCCUUCAUGCAGCUUGAGUUUUCAGAUGUGAAACUUCUAGCAGAAUCUCUUCCUCGAAGAAACUCCUCCUUGCUGUUAGUCCGGUUGGGUGGACUGUUUCUCCGAGACGUGGCCACAGAAGGAACUAUGUUUCCUCUUCUGGUCUUCCCUAACCCACAAAAGGAAGUUGGCAGAGUCUCACAGUCUUUUGGUCUCCAGACAACAUCUGCAGACAGAAGUGAUCAUUACCCUGCUGCGGAUCCAGAUGACCCAGUUUUUGAGAUGCUGUAUGAGAGAAAUCCAGCACACAGUCAUUUUGAGAGGCGGCUGAACGUCAGCACGAGGCCCUUGAACAUCAUCUAUAACCCCCAGGCUAUUAAAAAAGUAGCAGACUUUUUCUACAAGGGAAAGGUCCAUACCUCAGGUUUUGGUUAUCAGUCUGAACUUGAGUUGAGAGUGGCUGAAGCUGCCCGAAGACAGUAUAACAAACUGAAGAUGCAGACCAAGGCAGAAAUCCGACAGACUCUCGAUCGUUUGCUAGUGGGUGAUUUCAUUGAGGAGAGUAAACGGUGGACUGUGCGACUAGAUAUCUCUGCCCCUCAGGUGAUAUUUCCUGAUGAUUUCAAGUUCAGGAAUCCCGUCUUAGUUGUUGUGGAUCUAGGAAGAAUGCUUCUGACAAAUACCCAAGAUGACUCCAAGAGGAAAGGUGGGGAUGGCUCAGCAUCUGAAGAGAAUCAGUUUAGUGAUGAUGAAUAUAAGACCCCUCUUGCCACACCCCCUAACACCCCACCUCCCGAGAUAAGCAGCAGUAAUGGGGAGAAAACACCUCCAUUUUCUGGAGUUGAAUUCAGUGAAGAGCAGCUUCAGGCUCAUUUAAUGAGCACAAAGAUGUAUGAGAGGUACUCCCUGUCAUUUAUGGACCUCCAGAUCAUGGUUGGGCGAGUGAAGGACAAUUGGAAGCAUGUCCAGGAUAUUGAUGUGGGACCAACCCAUGUGGUUGAGAAGUUCAAUGUUCACCUACAGUUAGAACGUCGAUUGAUUUAUACUUCAGAUCCCAAGUACCCUGGAGCUGUACUCUCUGGCAACCUUCCAGACUUAAAAAUCCACAUCAAUGAAGAUAAAAUAUCUGCUCUAAAGAAUUGCUUUGCUCUCCUGACCACCCCAGAAAUGAAGACUUCUGACACUCACAUUAAAGAGAAGAUUUUUCCCCAGGAGGGACAGCGGGGAAGUUUGCAGGACUCCGUGAUGAAUUUAACCCAGAGCUUUGUGACGUUGGAGCAGCAUACCCGGGAGGUUCUGGUGGAGUCCCAGCUCCUCCUGGCCGAGUUUAAAGUGAACUGUAUGCAGCUUGGUGUUGAGAGCAAUGGCCGGUACAUUUCCGUGCUCAAGGUGUUUGGUACCAACGCUCACUUUGUGAAGAGGCCUUAUGAUGCUGAAGUCUCCCUAACCGUUCAUGGUUUGCUCCUGGUGGACACCAUGCAGACAUACGGUGCUGAUUUUGACCUUUUGAUGGCUUCACAUAAGAACUUGAGCUUUGAUAUCCCAACAGGAAGCCUCCGGGAUAGUAGGGCCCAGUCUCCUGUCUCUGGAUCCAAUGUGGCCCACUUCACUAAUGCUGCUACGCUGAAUGACCAGUCAGCUCUCGGUGUCUCACUGGACAGAGUUCUCACCAAAGAACAGGAGUCCCUCAUUAAACUGGAAUAUCAGUUUGUGAGUUCAGAGUGUCCAUCGAUGAAUUUGGACAGCACUCUCCAGGUGAUUUCCUUACAGGUGAAUAAUUUGGAUAUUAUCCUAAAUCCAGAGACAAUUGUGGAGCUGAUCGGUUUUCUUCAAAAAUCGUUUCCCAAGGAAAAAGAUGAUUUGAGUCCUCAACCUUUAAUGACUGAUUUUGAAAGAAGCUUUAGGGAACAAGGAACUUACCAAUCUACAUAUGAACAAAACACUGAGGUUGCAGUGGAAAUCCACAGACUUAACUUACUGCUCCUUCGGACACUAGGAAUGGCAAAUGGAGAGAAAUAUGGCAGAAAAAUAGCAACAGCCAGUAUAGGUGGCACCAAAGUUAACGUCUCAAUGGGUAGCACAUUUGACAUGAAUGGUUCUCUUGGCUGUUUGCAGCUUAUGGAUUUGACACAAGAUAAUGUUAAGAGCCAGUAUGUCGUCAGCAUUGGGAAUUCCAUAGGCUAUGAAAAUAUCAUGAGUGACAUUGGCUACUUUGAAUCUGUCUUUGUCAGAAUGGAGGAUGCAGCCCUCAGUGAAGCGUUGAGUUUCACAUUUGUUGAGAAAUCUAAACAGGAGUGUUCUCUCAACCUCAAGAUGGCUUCCUUGCAUUAUAACCACUCUGCUAAAUUUUUGAAGGAGUUGACAUUGUCCAUGGACGAACUGGAGGAAAAUUUUCGAAGUAUGCUGAAAAGUGCAGCCACCAAAGUCACCACAGUCCUCGCCACCAAGACAGCCGAGUACAGUGAGAUGGUGUCGCUCUUUGAAACUCCAAGGAAGAUGCGGGAAUCCUUUAUUUUAGAGGAGAACGAAGCAUAUGGGUUUGGCUUAGCUGCGUCCCAUUCUGACACCGUGAAGCUAAUCUUGAACGUGAACAUCGAAUCCCCGGUGGUCUCUGUCCCUCGGAAGCCUGGGAGUCCUGAGUUGUUGGUAGGACACUUGGGACAGAUAUUCAUCUGGAAUUUUGUGGCAGGAGAUGAUGAAUCCAGAAGUGACCGUCUGCAGGUGGAAAUCAAAGACAUUAAAUUAUAUUCUUUGAAUUGCACCCAGUUGGCAGGCAGAGAGGGUCCUGGGUCUGAAGUAGGCCGGACAUUUUGCCCUCAUGGGUCGGCCAGCGCCAACAGUCAGGAGGAAGCUCACUUCACCCGACAUGAUUUCUUUGAAUCUUUGCAUAGAGGCCAAGCUUUUCACAUCCUGAACAACACCACCAUUCAGUUUAAACUGGAGAAGAUCCCUAUAGAGAGAGAAUCUGAAUUGACUUUCUCCCUCAGUCCAGAUGACCUGGGAACUUCUAGCAUCAUGAAGAUCGAAGGAAAGUUCGUCAAUCCUGUUCAGGUAGUGUUAGCAAAGCAUGUAUAUGAGCAGGUUUUACAGACGCUGGACAAUCUCGUGUACAGUGAAGACCUGAGUAAGUUUCCAGUCAGUGCUGCCUCCUCGCCUUGCCCCAGUUCUCCCCUGCCCGCCCUCAGCACCUGUGGAGAACCUUCCAUUGAAAGGAAGGAGAACGGAUUGUUCAGCCACUCCAGCCUUUCCAACUCUUCUCAAAAGUCCUUGUCUCUGAAGGAGGUCAGAUCCUUUACCCAGAUUCAAGCCAACUUUUGUAUAUCAGAGCUUCAAGUUCAGCUAAGUGGAGAUCUGACUUUGGGGGCCCAGGGUCUUGUGAGCUUAAAGUUUCAGGAUUUUGAGGUGGAAUUCAAUAAAGACCAUCCUCAGACUUUAUCCAUUCAGAUUGCCCUGCGCUCUCUGCUCAUGGAAGACUUGUUGGAGAAAAAUCCAGAUUCCAAGUAUAAGAACCUGAUGGUGUCUCGGGGAGCCCCUAAGCCGUCUAGUUUGGCACAGAAAGAGUAUCUUUCUCAGUCUUGCCCUUCAGUGUCCAACGUGGAGUACCCUGACAUGCCGCGCUCCCUCCCUUCCCACAUGGAAGAAGCUCCUAAUGUCUUCCAGCUGUAUCAGAGACCCACCUCGGCGUCCCGGAGGAAGCAGAAGGAAGUCCAAGACAAGGACUACCCCUUGACCCCACCUCCUUCUCCGACAGUAGACGAGCCCAAGAUACUUACUGGAAAGAGUAAAUUUGAUGAUUCCUUGGUCCAUAUCAAUAUAUUCUUGGUGGAUAAGAAACAUCCAGAAUUUUCUUCCGGUUAUAAUCGAGUUAACCGGAGCGUUGAUGUUGACUUUAACUGCUUGGAUGUGCUGAUCACACUGCAGACCUGGGUCGUGAUCCUAGAUUUUUUUGGAAUUGGCUCCACUGCAGACAACCAUGCGAUGAAGGCGCCGCCCGAGGACAUUCUGCAGAACGCGAAGUCAGCCUCAGAUGCUGUAGCAGAGUCUGAACUGCAGGAGCCAGUUAACACGAAGCUGGACCUCAAGGUUCAUUCGCUCUCUCUCGUGCUCAAUAAGACCACCAGUGAGCUUGCUAAAGCGAAUGUGUCCAAAUUAGUGGCACACCUGGAAAUGAUCGAGGGGGACCUCGCUUUGGAGGGGAGUCUCGGGAGCCUGUCCCUCAGUGACCUCACGGCCCACGGAGAGCUCUACAGGGAGCGCUUCACUACCAGCGGGGAGGAGGCUCUCAUCUUCCAGACUUUUAAAUAUGGGCGGCCUGACCCUCUGCUCCGGAGAGAGCACGACAUCCGAGUGAGCCUGCAGAUGGCCUCCGUGCAGUACGUGCACACUCAGCGCUUCCAGGCCGAGGUGGUGGCCUUCAUUCAGCAUUUCACCCAGCUGCAAGAUGUCCUAGGGCGCCAGCGAGCUGCUAUUGAGGGGCAGACGGUGAGAGAUCAAGCCCAGCGCUGUUCACGGGUUCUCCUGGAUAUUGAGGCCGGUGCUCCUGUUCUCCUUAUCCCGGAAAGUUCUAGAUCAAAUAAUCUGAUUGUAGCAAAUUUGGGGAAGUUGAAAGUCAAGAACAAGUUUCUCUUUGCUGGUUUUCCUGGGACCUUUUCCUUACAGGAUAAGGAAUCUGUGCCUUCAGCUUCCCCAGCGGGUACGCCCAAACACAGUCUGAGGAAAACAACCAGUGCGGAGGAGCCGAAGGGGACCCAUUCCCAGGGGCUAUUCGUGAUGCCUCCUGUGGGAAUGAGUCUAGGCAGCCUGAAGAGUGAGUUUGUGCCCAGCACCUCGACCAAGCAGCACAGGCAACAAGCCACACCCUCUGUCGGCCAGGUUUCCAGCAGUCCAGAAGACCAUGUCUGCCUGCUGGAUUGCAUUGUUGUGGAUCUACAAGACAUGGACAUCUUUGCUGCAGAGAGACGUCCACGAGAGUAUUCUAAGGCCUCAGAAGACAACAGUGGAGACCUGAUCUUUCCCUCCUAUUUUGUACGACAGACAGGAGGAAGCCUCUUAACUGAGCCUUGUAGGCUGAAAUUGCAAGUGGAAAGGAACUUGGACAAAGAAAUAAGUCAUACUGUGCCAGACAUAUCUAUCCAUGGCAAUCUCUCCUCAGUUCACUGCUCCCUGGACUUGUACAAAUACAAGCUGAUCCGUGGUUUGUUAGAGAACAACCUUGGAGAACCCAUAGAGGAAUUUAUGCGGCCUUAUGAUCUGCAAGAUCCGAGAAUUCACACUAUUCUGAGUGGAGAGGUGUACACGUGCAUGUGUUUCCUCAUUGAUAUGGUGAAUGUAAGUCUGGAGCUGAAAGACCCAAAAGGAAAAGAAGGCGCUGGGUCCCUGGCCAGGUUUGACUUCAAGAAAUGUAAACUGCUCUAUGAGAGCUUUUCCAACCAAACCAAGUCCGUUAACUUGGUUUCCCAUUCCAUGAUGGCUUUUGACACGCGCUAUGCUGGGCAGAAGACCAGUCCUGGCGUGACAAACGUAUUCAGCUGUGUCUUUCAGCCCUCCAAGAACAGCGGCACUACCCAAGGAUCCAUUCAGAUCGAGCUGCAUUUCAGAUCUACGAAGGAUUCCUCCUGUUUUACGGUCGUUCUCAACAAUCUCCGUGUGUUUCUCAUAUUUGACUGGCUGCUGUUAGUCCAUGAUUUUCUCCACACUCCCAGUGACAUGAAGAAACAAGCUAAUGUUACUCCUUCUCGCCACCGUAACUCUAGCAGCGAAUCUGCUAUAGUUCCCAAAACUGUGAAAAGUGGAGUAGUUACCAAGCGGUCUUCUCUUCCUGUGUCCACUGAAAGGCACCUGGAGGUCAAGGUCAAUGUAACAGGCACGGAGUUUGUGGUCGUGGAGGAUGUGUCCUGCUUUGAUACCAAUGCCAUUAUUCUCAAAGGCACCACAGUGCUCACCUAUAAGCCCCGAUUUGUUGAUCGCCCCUUUUCAGGAAGUUUGUUUGGCAUUGAGGUAUUUUCAUGCCGACUAGGGAAUGAGCACGAUACAGCUCUCUCCAUUGUUGAUCCGGUACAAAUUCAAGUGGAGCUGGUGGGCAAUUCUUCUUAUCAGAAUGGUUCGGGAUUGAUGGAUGCGUUCAAUAGUGAAGAUUUUCCACCUGUCUUAGAGAUUCAGUUACAAGCUCUGGAUAUCAGACUCUCCUAUAAUGAUGUUCAGCUGUUUCUUGCCAUUGCAAAAUCCAUCCCAGAGCAAGCCAACCCUGCAGCACCGGGCGCCGCGGCCUGGGAGGCCGGUGCUGGGGGCAGCUACCCUCCGGGUGCGGCUCGAGUUGGAGAGGAAGUCAAAGAAGGGACCAGACAUACCUUAGAUCCUAUCUUGGAGUUACAGCUAGCUAGACUGCAGGAACUGGGGUUCAGCAUGGAGGAUUGUCGCAAAGCUCUUCUGGUGUGUCAAGGCCAAUUGAAAAAGGCAGCAAGUUGGUUGUUUAAGAAUGCUGAACCUCUGAAGUCCCUUUCCCUGGCCUCUAACAGCCGAGAGAGCCAGGGGACUGUGCCGGCACAGCUGAUCUCGGGAGUGGAGAUUAAAGCCGAGAGCGUGUGCAUCUGUUUCAUCGAUGACUGCAUGGAUUGUGACGUGCCUCUCGCCGAGCUCACCUUUUCCCGUCUGAAUUUUCUUCAGCGUGUAAGAGCCAGCCCCGAAGGCCAUGCCCACUUUACCCUUUCUGGAGAUUAUUAUAACCGUGCACUAUCAGGCUGGGAGCCAUUUAUUGAGCCAUGGCCGUGCUCUGUAUCCUGGCAACAACAGGCAGCUAGUCGUCUCCAUCCUCCUCGACUGAAGCUGGAAGCCAAGGCCAAACCCCGUUUGGAUAUCAAUAUCACUUCUGUACUAAUUGACCAGUAUGUAAGUACCAAGGAGUCGUGGAUGGCGGAUUACUGUAAACAGGACCAGGAAGCAGGCUCGGCUGCGUCAGAAGACUGGAUGGGCUCUUCCGUGGAUCCUCCGUGCUUUGGACAAAGCCUCCCCCUUGUCUACCUUAGAACUAGGAGUACAGCCAGUCUGACUAACCUAGAGCACCAGAUCUAUGCUAGAGAGGUGAAAACCCCCAAGCGCCGGCAGCCCUUCGUCCCUUUUGCUCUGAGGAAUCACACAGGCUGCACUUUGUGGUUUGCCACCCUAACCACCACACCUACCAGGGCUGCACUGUCUCACAGUGGGAGUCCAGGAGUGGUUCCAGAAGGGAACGGAACCUUUCUUGAUGAUGCUCACAAUGUUAGUGAAUGGCGGGAAGUCCUCACAGGUGAAGAGAUUCCCUUUGAAUUUGAAGCAAGAGGAAAGCUAAGACACAGACACACCCAUGACCUCCGGAUUCACCAACUGCAAGUGAGAGUAAACGGCUGGGAGCAAGUGAGCCCAGUGUCUGUGGACAAAGUCGGGACAUUUUUCCGAUAUGCAGCACCGGAUAAGAAUUCAUCUUUCUCUACGAUUGGCAGCCCAAGCAGCCGAACAAAUAUUAUUCAUCCCCAGGUUUAUUUCUCUUCCCUCCCGCCUGUCCGGGUGGUCUUUGCAGUGACUAUGGAAGGCAGUGCUCGGAAAGUGAUCACUGUCCGGUCAGCCCUGAUUGUGAAGAACAGACUUGAGACGCCGAUGGAACUGAGACUGGACAGCCCAUCAGCUCCAGACAAGCCCGUGGUGCUUCCUGCCAUCAUGCCAGGGGAUUCGUUCGCCGUGCCUUUGCACCUCACUUCUUGGCGGCUACAGGCCCGGCCCAAAGGAUUGGGUGUGUUUUUCUGUAAGGCUCCUAUUCACUGGACCAAUGUACUGAAGACUACGGAGGUUAGUAGCAGCAAAAGAGAGUGCCACUCUAUGGACACGGAGAAAAGCCGAUUCUUCAGGUUUUGUGUGGCCAUAAAGAAAGAGAAUUAUCCAGACUACAUGCCCUCAAACAUAUUUUCCGACAGUGCAAAACAGAUUUUCAGACAGCCGGGGCACACCAUAUAUCUCCUGCCAACUGUGGUCAUCUGUAACUUGCUGCCUUGUGAACUUGACUUUUAUGUUAAAGGAAUGCCAAUCAAUGGGACACUGAAGCCUGGCAAAGAGGUGGCUCUGCACACAGCUGACACAUCUCAGAACAUUGAACUGGGGGUAUCACUGGAGAAUUUUCCACUCUGUAAAGAAUUGCUCAUUCCACCUGGAACCCAAAACUAUAUGGUAAGAAUGCGACUCUAUGAUGUCAACCGGCGGCAGCUGAACCUCACCAUCCGGAUUGUGUGUCGAGCAGAAGGAUCCUUAAAGAUCUUCAUUUCUGCUCCAUAUUGGCUGAUCAACAAAACAGGGUUACCGCUGAUCUUCAGACAGGACAACGCAAAGACGGAUGCUGCAGGCCAGUUUGAGGAACAUGAGCUGGCCCGGAGCCUGAGCCCACUCUUGUUCUGCUACGCUGACAAAGAGCAGCCAAACCUCUGCACGAUGAGAGUCGGAAGGGGGAUUCAUCCUGAAGGCAUGCCGGGCUGGUGUCAGGGCUUCUCGCUGGAUGGUGGUAAUGGUGUCCGAGCUUUGAAAGUCAUCCAGCAAGGAAACCGCCCAGGGCUGAUCUAUAACAUUGGUAUUGAUGUCAAGAAAGGCCGAGGUCGAUAUAUUGACACCUGUAUGGUUAUCUUUGCCCCCCGUUACCUGUUAGAUAAUAAAUCAUCUCACAAGCUUGCAUUUGCACAGAGGGAAUUUGCCAGGGGACAGGGAACGGCCAAUCCUGAAGGUUACAUCUCCACCCUUCCUGGUUCCAGCGUGGUGUUCCAUUGGCCUCGGAAUGACUACGACCAACUGUUGUGUGUCAGACUGAUGGAUGUUCCCAAUUGUAUUUGGUCUGGAGGCUUCGAAGUCAACAAAAAUAAUUCCUUCCAUAUCAACAUGAGAGAUACCCUGGGAAAAUGCUUCUUCCUACGCGUGGAAAUUACUCUCCGAGGAGCUACCUAUAGGAUCUCAUUUAGUGACACGGAUCAGUUACCCCCUCCCUUCCGAAUUGACAACUUCUCUAAGGUCCCGGUCGUCUUUACUCAGCAUGGGGUGGCUGAACCCAGGCUCCGAACUGAAGUGAAGCCCAUGACUUCAUUGGAUUAUGCCUGGGACGAACCUACACUGCCACCUUUUAUCACUCUGACUGUGAAAGGGGCAGGUUCCUCUGAGAUCAGCUGCAACAUGAAUGAUUUCCAGGAUAACCGACAGCUUUAUUAUGAAAAUUUCAUUUACAUUGCUGCUACAUAUACAUUCUCUGGUUUACAGGAGGGGACAGGAAGGCCUGUGGCUUCCAACAAGGCCGUUACCUGUGCGGAGCUCGUCUUGGACGUCUCACCAAAGACACAAAGAGUCAUUUUAAAGAAAAAGGAGCCAGGGAAGCGUUCCCAGCUGUGGAGGAUGACUGGAACGGGCAUGCUGGCCCACGAGGGCUCUUCGGUGCCUCACAACCCCAAUAAGCCCUCAGCAGCCCGCUCUGCCGAGGGGUCUGCCAUCUUAGAUAUUGCUGGUCUUGCUGCGGUAACGGACAACAGAUAUGAGCCACUGAUGCUGAGAAAGCCUGAUCGCAGGCGAAGCACCACUCAGACGUGGAAUUUUCGAGAAGGAAAACUGACAUGUGGGUUACAUGGACUGGUGGUCCAGGCCAAAGGAGGGCUUUCUGGUCUGUUUGAUGGAGCUGAAGUUGUUCUUGGUCCCGACACUUCCAUGGAGCUUUUGGGGCCAGUUCCACCCGAACAACAAUUUAUUAACCAAAAAAUGAGGCCUGGUUCUGGAAUGUUAUCCAUCCGAGUCAUCCCAGAUGGACCAACUAGAGCACUCCAGGUAACAGAUUUCUCCCAAUGGAAAAGUGACCGUUCAUCAUAUGAAGUGGAUGAACUUCCUGUUACUGAACAAGAGCUGCAGAAAUUAAAGAAUCCAGAUACAGAGCAGGAAUUGGAGGUGCUUGUGAAGUUAGAAGGUGGAAUUGGGUUGUCCUUAAUUAAUAAAGUCCCAGAAGAACUGGUCUUUGCAAGUCUCACAGGAAUCAAUGUGCACUAUACACAGCUGGCAACCAGUCAUAUGCUUGAACUCAGCAUACAGGAUGUACAGGUGGACAAUCAGCUCAUUGGUACCACUCAGCCCUUCAUGCUCUACGUGACUCCCCUGAGCACUGAGAACGAGGUCAUCGAGACGGGCCCUGCCGUGCAGGUGAACGCGGUGAAGUUCCCCAGUAAGAGUGCGCUGACCAACAUCUACAAGCAUCUGAUGAUCACAGCUCAGAGAUUCACAGUGCAAAUUGAAGAGAAACUGCUCCUCAAGCUGCUAAGUUUCUUUGGCUAUGAUCAAGCAGAAUCAGAGGUGGAAAAAUAUGAUGAAAACCUCCAUGAAAAGACAGUUGAGCAAGGUGGAACACUGAUUCGCUACUACUUUGAAAAUCUCAAAAUCAGCAUUCCCCAGAUCAAGCUAAGUGUGUUCACCUCCAACAAGCUACCGUUGGAUCUUAAGGCCCUGAAAAGUACCUUGGGAUUUCCAUUGAUUCGGUUUGAAGACGCUGUGAUUAAUCUGGAUCCGUUCACUCGGGUACAUCCCUAUGAGACCAAGGAGUUCAUCAUCAAUGAUAUCCUCAAACAUUUCCAGGAGGAACUCCUCAGCCAGGCAGCUCGGAUCCUAGGAUCAGUGGACUUUCUUGGCAAUCCCAUGGGCCUUUUAAAUGAUGUUUCUGAAGGGGUUACUGGACUGAUAAAGUAUGGAAAUGUCGGGGGCCUUAUCAGAAAUGUUACACAUGGAGUAUCAAACUCUGCUGCCAAGUUUGCAGGGACGUUAUCAGAUGGUUUAGGAAAGACGAUGGACAAUCGGCAUCAGUCAGAGCGGGAGUACAUCCGAUACCAUGCAGCUACAAGUGGAGAACACCUUGUAGCUGGCAUCCAUGGCCUGGCUCACGGUAUCAUUGGUGGAUUGACCAGUGUUAUAACCUCAACAGUGGAAGGUGUGAAAACAGAAGGGGGUGUCAGCGGUUUCAUAUCUGGCCUUGGGAAAGGGCUCGUUGGCACUGUAACCAAGCCAGUGGCAGGCGCCCUGGACUUUGCAUCAGAAACAGCCCAGGCGGUGAGAGACACAGCCACACUUAGCGGCUCCAGGACUCAAGCACAGAGGGUUCGGAAACCACGCUGCUGCACGGGGCCCCAGGGGCUGCUUCCCCGCUAUUCCGAGAGCCAGGCAGAAGGGCAAGAGCAGCUCUUCAAACUGACAGACAACAUUCAGGAUGAAUUCUUCAUUGCUGUGGAGAACAUCGAUAGCUACUGUGUGCUCAUCUCCUCCAAAGCGGUUUACUUCCUGAAAAGUGGAGACUACGUGGAUCGUGAGGCCAUUUUCCUGGAGGUCAAGUACGAUGAUCUCUAUCACUGCCUCGUCUCCAAAGACCACGGGAAGGUGUAUGUGCAGGUGACCAAGAAGGCAGUGAACACAAGCAGUGGAGUGUCCAUCCCCGGCCCCUCCCACCAGAAGCCCAUGGUCCAUGUGAAAUCAGAGGUCCUCGCUGUCAAGUUAUCACAAGAAAUAAACUAUGCAAAGAGCCUUUACUAUGAACAGCAACUCAUGUUAAGACUCAAUGAAAAUCAAGAGCAGUUGGAGCUGGACUCCUGAAAAAUCCAGCUGUCGAGACAGACGCUCCCAGACAGAACCCAACCAAUCAGGAGGAGAGAGGCCAGGAGGCUCGGCUUAAAUUAGAGGCAGACCGGAAUAAGGCUUGGGGGAUGGGAGCAAGGACAAGGGAGAGUAAAACCGAUGAGGGGGAUACCGGUGGAAACCAUAUUAAUUUGUGAGGCGGGGGGAGAAUGUUACUUUAGGUUAUGGGGAAGUAAUUUUUAAAAGGUAUUGGUUGAAUAACGUAAAAAGAAAAGUGUACUGAGAUGAAUCUAAUUUUUAGAUUGCCCUGUAUUUUGUUAACAUGUAUAUAUGUACAACCGUGUGUCUGUAAAUAUAUAGGAGCAUUUCUGAACAGGGCCUGUGAUGUGUGUAAAGGUUUGUUAACUGUAAAGUAAUAUAAAAUUAUAUUGGAUCUUCUAAUUGCACUAACUACACGUCUAAUUCAGGGUACUUGCUCUAAAAGGGUGUUUCUUGAAAGUUGAAGAAUGUUCUGUCUUCGUUUUGGAAACCAGAGUAUUCACAGUAAAGUGGACUGAGGUGAGAUCGAAGGUGUUCACGAGGGAUGCCUUUGGGGCUUGUGGGUACCCUGGGUCCACCCGGGCUGGAGCUGCGAGCUGGGGUGCUCAGAACCAGGGCCGCCCCACCUUUAGAAAGAGACGUGGGAGAGUGGCUUGGAAAGCAGUCUUUUAUUUAUUUCUCACCCCUGUUUUAAAGAUCUUAGAUUAUCACAAAUUAUUUUUUGUCUGUCUUAUCUACUUGGCUUUCUCGUGACCAGUCUUGCCAAACCUCGAGGUAAAAUUGUUUCCCAUUAUUGCACACUCACACCAGCAUUAUAAGCUUUUCUUGGGUUAUUAUCAGAGAAGAUCACUUUGAAGCACUGGUAGGCUCUGCUGAUUUAGAAGGAAAAAAUCCCAGAGAACUAUUUGUUUUAACAAAUCAAAAAUCCGUAAUAAGAAUGCUCUCCUUCCUGGGCAACAGCAAAGGAGAAGGUCCUGGGACUUUUUUCUUUUUAGUAAAGCCACAGGCAGGCACCCAACUCCGCAGCCCUGGGGGCACGGUGAUCACAGCACCAGGGUGAGAAGAGAGAGGGAGAGAGUCUCAGAAAAGGGAAUGAAAUAUGAGUAUUAAAAAGCUGUUUUUGUAAGUUUUUCAUGGAACCAAGACUGGCCAAAACAUCUCUUGUCCUUGGUUUGAAAUUCCAUUAGCAAGGCCUGGUGUGAGGGCCCUCCUUCCUGGGUCUUGUUCCUGUUGUUCUCUUUUCUGUAAGGAAUAAACAUGCUGGAGGCAGAGGGGAAGACCUCACUCUAGAAUGAAUGACUAGCUUUGUGAUUUUAAAUUUUUAUUUUAAUAAAGCUGAUCAAUUUCUACAACCUUUCAUGCGUAGCUGAGAUCUAAAAUGACUCAGAUCAGUGGAUGUGCGGAAGCUUUUAGUGUUUAUAACUCAUGACCCAAAUCCUUCCAAGACACGAAUGAAGCCGAUCUUUCUCUGUCUCUCUCCCUCUCCUUUCCCCCCUUGUGUGCGUGCGUGUGUGCAAGUGUGUGUGUCCAAAGAAGCAAGAAGGGAGCUUCAGCUCGAGUGCUUUAGCUAAAUAGCAUCUUUAAGGAUUGUUUGAACCCCAAGGUUUGUAUAGUCUUCACUGAACUCUAAGUUCGCGGAUUGCAGAAUUGAAGCUUGGCUUUUGAAGGGUUGGGUUGCAUUUCCAGUUGGUUGGUUGGUUUUUUUCCUGCUGGGUGGCAGUCAUGGUUGUUGCGGUGCUCAUACACAAGACCCACAGCGGGAUGGCCGAGUGUCGCCUCCUACAGGUCUUCUGGUCCUCCUCAGCAGCCUCCCUCCGUGCGCCCCACAAAGGUGGCUUGUGGCUUCUGUCUUCAGUAACCCACCACCUGAGACCAUGAUCUCUUGAAGAUGAGACUCUCAGAAAGGUUGAUUGUCUGUGCCAGUGAGCCUUCUGUCACUUUCUGGAAUGCAGUCACUCGCAGUUUCUGUACUGAAUUAAGGAGCUUGGAAUUAUUAAGUCUGCCUUCUGCCCAGCAGCACCUGGGCCUUCCCAGCUCUAACUGCAGAAAGUGGGCUGAGGGCUGCGCUGUGGAACAGUGCUUCCGGGAGGACUUGGGCGUGUUCCGAGGCCCCCCUCCAGGCCCCUUUCUAAUUUUAAUCAGCUCUUGAAGUAGUUGCCCAUCUCCUCUGAUUGCACAACCCCUCUGACAGUUGCGCCUUAGAAGAGGCAGAUGUUAAAAUAAGAUCCAAAGACCAAAUGGGGUGAGGCUGGAGGGGGGCGCCGCUGAGGGGGCCUGGCAAGCUCUCCUCUGCCCUCGCGGCCCUCCUGCCAGGCGCCGCCAUCAGGGCUCAGGGGCUUUAGAUGUCGUUACCUGGUUUGCCAGCAAGAAAACCCACAGCCCCAGAGGCAGCACCCGGCCCCUUGAACGCUGAAUUGCUCUGGAGCCAGUAAUGUCCGAGACUUUGCUAUGAUAAUUUCUACCGAUUUUCCUGCUGCCUCAUACACAGUUCCUCUCUGAGGAAAGUAAAGUAAAUUGAAUAAGGAGAAAUUGGAUAAGGAGAAAUCAGAAGCCAUCCGAAUGCCCUGACCCAGCACAGUUGGCCAGCCCACAGCACUGCCUAACCAUAGCCGCUUUUCUUUGCCCACUGAAAAGGCUGCCCAGAGGCCAGCGUGUCCCCACACCCCAGCCUGGCCCUCGCGAACCGGAAACAGGAAAGCAGCUUCUUGGCAGCCCCGGGGCAUCUUGCUGCUCGCUGGGGACUCACCUCAGUGUUCAGAAGGCUCCAGGGCCACUUUGUUCUUAAACAUCAUCUGUGCCUCAAAAUACCAUAGUAGCUGCUUGAUAAAAUUCUGAAAAUAAAAUAUCUGGUUCUCCAUGGUGUAAACAUUAUUACACACAGUCAUCAAUCUGCUAAAACUCUUUAAUCUGUUUCUCGUAUCAGAGUUGUUAUUUUUCUUCCUGUGGAAUAAAAUGCUUUGUUGACUUCCCAGACAAGCUGUUUUCUUCUGGUUUCUUGGUGAUUCCAGAACCAUCGCCAAUGACAAAUGCCAGACAUCUUACAACAUUCACGAUAGCACGCAGCCUUUCCCCUCAUCCAGGGAAGCACGGCACUAGGGCAGACGCCGCACCUUGAACGUUACUUCACUUUCGACGAGUAAGCAGCACUUUCCCUGGCCCGGAGCCUGGCCGUGUGCUGGCUGCUUCUCAUCCCACCCCCGAGGUUACGGGUGUGGGCUCUGGGAGGAUGCAAGUUGCCAUUUCCUGAGAAGGGGAGACUUCAGGAGGGGCAGGUUUGGUGCUCACUUUGGACAUGUUAAGUUCAAGGUGCCUGCUUGAUGUCCACUGGAGGAGUGGAGAAGGCCGUCGGCCAUACGAAUCUGGAGUUCACGAGAGAAGUCUGGGCCAAAGGCGCCAAUUAGGACUCAUCGGCACGCAAAUGACAAGGGAGCCUGGAUGAAAUCCCCAAAGGAGAGAGUGGGAGCAGCAAAGAGAAGAGGCCCCAGAUCUGAGCCCUGGGGCUCCCCAACAUUCAGAGUUUAGGCAGAUGGAGAGGAAGAGCAGGGGAGACAGCAGGAUCGUCCAGAGACAUAGGCAUGAAGCCAGGAGGGUGUGGAUCCUGGAAGCCGAGCCAGAAAGGUUUCAAAGAGGAGGGGAGAUGAAUUAUCAAAUGCUGCUGAUCACUUGAUAGGCUGAGGACCAGCAAUGCUGGAUUUACAGCACGAGGCCACUGGAGUCCUUUCUAAGAGCAGUUAUAGUGGAGUGCUGAGGGUGAAAGUUGGAUUGCAGUAGAUUCAAGAGAGAAACGGAAGGAGAGAAAUUGGAGAAAACGACUAUUGACAGCUCUCUGGAGUAAUGUGGCCAUAAAAGGGAGGAGAGAAACGUCUGGUACUUGGAGAGAGAAGGGGUGAUAAGGAGGGCAGUGAAAGGAGAGAAGGGAGACUGGCCAGCCAGGGAACUGGGUGGAUGUGGGGAAGUUUCAGGAGAUUCUCAUGUGAUUGCUGCUGUUUCCACGAGGGGAUCAGCGGAGAGUGAGUGUGGGGCCGGAGGUGAUGGGGAUUUGGAGUCGAGGAGAGGCUGUGGUUUAGGACAGUGGGAAAGAGAGCGGACCAGGCAGCUGCGGUACGUCUGCCAGGCAGCACGAAGGGCCUGUCCGAGGCUGGCGAUCCUGAAUUUAAGGUGAGACCACGCAGCCUGGCUGUGCUUUUCUCCAGCCGCACUUGGGUCCAGUUCAGCGUGGAGGAGGCAAAGCAUUGGAUUUAAUCGAGGAAUCUUGUCCCUCGCCCAUUCGCAUACCCCAUCCACCACUGCCCACUUGAACUCAGCAGGAGCCAGACAGAAGUCCAAGAGCUUAGGGAAGGGAGGGGCUACAGUUUCCAAACCAAAGCCUGGCAUCCAGAGAACAUGCCCUUUCUCAGUGGGAGAGACCGUGGGAGUUGUGGCUAAUGCCCCCGAAUGAGAGCGCACAACUGGAAUAUUUGAGGGGCUCCCAGGGCCGUGGGGCACUGUUUGAAGACAGGCUGUCCAAGCACUCUGGGGCGUGGAGAAGCAGUUGGCAUAGAAAGGGUGUGCGUGAGACGUCUACCUUCCUCCAAGCCCAGCGUGCCACCUCGCAGGUGCCAGUUCACUGUGAAGACCAGGGCCUGAGGAGCAAUUGUUGAUCCAAGCUGCGUUUCUCCGGCUGGGAGAUGAUUCCAGCAGUUGUAGACACCGGAGAAAGAAAAAAGAGCUUGCUGUGGAAUAAUCCUGUUGAGACUUUGAAAAAUUAGUUUUAAAAUUUUUUGUACAAAGACAAAACAAAAAUAUAAUUUCACAUAUAUAUCAUACGAGGGCAGUUAUUGCAGUAUUUUCCUUUUUACUCCCCCCACAUCACCCCUAUCUAUUCCACUUCAAUCUAAUAACCUCGUAUAUUAUUGCUCAUAUUCUCCUUAUGCUCAUGUAAUUAUAUUCACGUUGUGUAUACACAGAUACAAAUAUUCAUAUAUGGUUUCCUAACAUUUGUUUCUAUAAAGUUAGGAUCAUAUAUACUUUUUUUGCACCUUCUCAGUGUUGCCUUCAGGUUGGUGUAACUAUUCUCUUAAAUGCUGCUUGAUAAUGGAUGGUGUAAAUAUUCUGUAAUUGACUCAACUCAUCCUGCAUCCCGGGCAUUCACUUCGUGUUCAGUCCAUCCCACCCUGCCCCCCAUGAGCUGGGCUGCAUAAGCAUCCUCCUAUUUAUGGACUUGUGCACUGAUUUUAUUUCUGUGCAGUAGAUUCUCAGGAGCCGAUUGCCUGAGAGGGUAUCUGCAAGAUCGCUUUCCAGAAAUGCUGGUGGGGCGUGGGAGGGCUGCAGCUGUCUCUGAGUGCCCUUUCCUCGAGCCUCCACCAGAAGUGUUUACCAGUCUGAUGGAUACAAAGUGGGAUCUCAUUCUUUGUUUUCCAUUUCCUUAGCAGUGAAUCUGGCCACCUUUUCAUUUGUAGGAAUUUAAGUUAGGAAUGGCUGCUGGACUAGAGCAAAUGCCCUUCUGGCAUCAAUUAUUAUGAUCAUAUUGUUUUUUCUCCAUUAGUUUUUUUUAGUAAUACGUUAUGUUGAUACAUUUCCUGAUACUGCACCACCCUUAGUCCCUGGAAUCAGCCCCAUUUAGUCAUAAUGUGUUAAUUUGUUAUUCUUUUGAUACAUUUCCUGAUUCUAUUUGCUAAUAUUUUGAGAUUUUGCAUCUUUAAAGUGAGAGGGUCUAUAAUUUUCUUUUUUCUUGGUAUCUUCAGCAGAUGUUAGAAUUAAAAUUAUACUGCCUUCACAAAGCGAAUUGGGGAGAUUUCCACCCUUUUCUAUGGCUUGCAAUACUUAGAUUACAUUAGAAUUUCCUGUUCUAGGUUUUUAAAGUUAGAUGAGAGGCUGCAAACCCAUCAGUUUCUAGAAUCUUUUUCAAUAUUUCCCUUUAAGCAUCAACGCACUGUGUCCUCUGCUAAUUGGAGUAUUCAAGUUUCCCAUUUCUUCAUAGGUAGAUUUUGGUAGCAUGUUUGGUUUUUAGAAAUCACCCAGUUCUCAUAGGUUUUUUUAAUUUGUUACUAUACAGUUGCGUAUAUUGUCUUAAAAUUAUUUUCAUACUUCCUGUAUCUGAUUAUUCCUCUUCUCAUUCCUGAUCUUGCGUAUUUUUACUCUAUUAUUUUCAUAACUAAAUUUUUGAGGAAGUUAGUGGUCUGCUCAAAGAACCAGUUUGACAUUUGUUUCUUUUUGCGACUUGGUAUUUAUUAGUCUAUUGAUUGCAUCUUUAAUAUUUGGUUCCCACUACUGGCUUGUUUUGAUUUAUUUUACUGUUCUUUUCUUUCUAAGAGAAGUGCUUAGUUUUAUUUUGGUAUUUUUUCACCUUCUUGAAUAAUGAUGGCAUUUUAAGGUUAUACAUUUUCCUCUGAAUGCAGCUUUAUUUACCUCAGAGAUUUUGGUAUUAAGUGUUCUUUCAUUGCUUUCUAGGGAGUUUUGAGUUUUACUUUUGGUUUCUCUGAUCUAAGAGGUACCUAGGUAUAUAUUUGUAAUUUCAAAAUAUUAAAAACUUUUAGCUUCUUCGAAUUUCAUUGGGUUAUAAUCAGUAAAUGUAACCUGUAGGUUUCUACAUUAAAAAAAUAUCUGUUGUGGUUUUCUUUUUGUAAGUACUCGACCAGUUUUUAUGAAUGUUCCAUGAACAUAUGAAAUAAAAAUAUAUUCUCUUUGAGGUAUGCAGAGAUAGGUAGGUAGGUUGGCUGGCCAGCCGGCUGGAUGGAUGGAUGGAUGGAUGGAUGGAUGGAUGGAUAGAUAGUUAGAUAGAUAGGUAGAUAAAUAGAUAGAUAGAUAGUUAGAUAGAUGAUAGAUGGAUGCAUAGAUACAAACUUAUAGCCAAAAACGUUUAUAGACUAUAUUAAUCAAAUCCUGUGUGAUCUUACUUAUUUUUCUGUGUGUAAGAGAGCUCUGACCUACAUCUUCAAGUGGCAGAGAAGCAGUUUCUAACUAGCUGUGCUCCUCUGGAGCGGUGGUAAGUGCUUAAGCAAACAAAGAAGAAAGAAGGAAACACAGCAGCCUUAAUUAAACUGCCUCCAAGUAAUCCAGCUGGAACUUUAGAAGGAUUUGAUGCUGGAACAAUGGCCCUACUGAGCUGCCUUCCCUUUGCCCAGGAGCUGGGCCCACCCACUUGUUGCUCUUAAGACAAGCCAGACCAUGUUCUCCCACAGUCCUUACCCAAGCAGCACGCCCAGUGUAAAUAGUUCCCAGGGGGUAAUAAAACUUCACACCUCGUGCUUGUUCUGGUCUGACUCAAAAGCACAAAAAAGUCAUGGGUACAUUUUGCCUUGGAGGAAAUGUAUGGAUCUAGACCAACUUGACCUUAGAAACCCUGGGCAAGCAAGCCCCAGAGGGAGGUGGCGUCGGGGGGUGGGGGAGAAGGUGCUGAGGUAACUCCUAGGGCCACUUUAGGGGGCAAAGUCCCACCUUUAGGGCUUGUUUUCCCAAGGCACUUACCUUCAGGGUACACGGAGACUUCCAGGAAGUGUGGCCAAACCUGCAGAAAGGCAGCUCUCCGUCCUGUUUGAUGGUUGGUCGCCAGAGACCACCUGUCCCUAGGAGUUCCCAGACAGCACAGGCAUUCCAGAUCACUGAGCCUCUGGCCCUGCAGCACCAGGGAGGCACUGCCAGCCCUGCUGUGAGCAUCUGCCUGGGUGCCAGGCUGGGUACUGGGAGCCAGAGAUAUGCAGUAAAUAGGGUGGCACUCUCACUGCCCUCGUUGGGCUAGUGGACAUCAGAGUGGGGCAGACAAGACUUCACUGGGGAAGGAACAAAUAGCCAGAGUCCAGAAGGGCUGAGAAGAGCUAGUGAGGCAAAGAGGAAAGGGCAGUGCAUGUGUGAUAUCUUGGAUGUAAGGAGCUGCUGGGCACAUCUGGCGACCAGGAUCUCCAGACUGGAGUGCAGUGAGACGAGGCUGGUGGGAGGUGGCCGGGGGCUAGAUCGUGUUGGACUUUGUAAGCCACAUGGGGAAAGGUUUUAAGCAGAGGAUUUCACUGUAAGAUUGGCAUCUCAAAAAAUACCAUUCUGGCUGCGAAGUGGAGAGUGGGUGCAAUGAGUCAAGAGUGGAAGGCUGUUGCAGUAGUCCCGGUGAGAAAUCAUGGAGGCUGGGACCAGGAGCGGGUGGUGGGGACGGGAGAAGUAUAUGGACUUGGGAUAUGUUUUCGAGGAAGAAUAGAUGGGGCCGAGUGAUUGAUUUAAUGUAGAGGAUUAGGGAAAAAGAGGUAUCAAGGGUAGUUUCCAGGUUUCCAGCUUAAGUAACCAGGUGCCCAGUGAUGUGAUUGCUGAGAUGGGAACAUUCAAGGAAGAGCUGGAUGUUCAUGGCUGAUGUCCAUUUACAGACUGUUAAAGGUUUGUUGAAUGUUAAAUGAAUAAAUGAAUGUCUCAGGUUGUGGGCAUAUUUGGUUUGAGAUGUCGGUGACCUCUGAAAUGGAGGCGGGAAGCAGGCAGUUUGGGACUGCAGAGAGAGUGGUAGGCCUGUGAGCGGUGUUUGGCGUCCUGGGAGUGGAUUAGAUUCUAGUGAGAGUAGAGCGCGAGGAGACGAGGGCCUGGACGAAGCCCUGGGAGCGCCAGCAUUUAUUGGGUGCAUGUGGGGGUGUGAGGCAGUGCAGGAGACUGAGAACGAGUGCCUGGAGAUGUGGGUGGAAAAGCAGAAGGGGGUGUGUCAAGAAAGUAGUCGGAUAUAGUUGGUGGGGUUGAAUGGUGCUGAAAAGUCGAGUAAGACGGAUGCUGGAUUCAACAGGAUGGGACAGCGCCUGUAAGGAAAGCCUUGUUGGAGCUGUGGGAGCAGAAGCUAAGUGAGAGGUGGGGGGCAGAUGGCAGGUCAAGUAGAGAUAGGGAGUACCCUCUGUGACAGAGUGGCAACAGAACGGUCAGCCCUGGACAGUGACAUACCGAGGGUGGGAGUGGCUGCCUGGGUGCCUGUAGACAAUUAAAGAACAGUCACAAAACUGUGCCUAAAAGCCAGUCUGCUUUUUGUCACGUGCACUUGGCAAUUCUAAACAAACUCGGAGAUAAAAUUCUCCUCCCCUUUUAACCUUUAGUGGGUUUAAGUUCUGUUGAGUUUUAAUAGUAUAUAUGUAAGCUUCAAAUUAGCACAUUUGUAUUACUUAUCCUGUAAUAAACCGCAUAUUCCACAUGACCAUUAACUGAGAACUCGCAGUUCUGCCAUGGGCCCCGCCACGCACACGCUGAGCUAUACACCUGCAUUUGGGGAGGAAGCGCUAAUGAUGUGGGAUCGCUCAAGCCGACUUUGGGCACAGUUCAACCCCCGUGAGACUACAUAUUCCUGCAUUUAAAUGGUAUAUUUGAAGUAAACGAUGAUCGACCGUGAUUGUGAAGAUGACACAAUAGAAGUCGAGUUAGUCGGCCUCUGUCGUUCUGUGUGGCUGCUUGCAGUUUUUAUUUGCAUUUGAAAUUUUAAACGAUGAAACAGUGCAGACUGAAGUGUAAUCUUUUUGUUUGGAAAAUGCAAAUUUUAGUUCACAAAUGAAAUAUAAAGAAAGUAAAACAUUAUAUCAGUGGUAUGAUUUAUUAGUUGCAGAUGUAUUGAUUUUACUAAAAUUCACUUACUAAAGUUACUGGACGAUUACUUAAGUAAACAUUUGUCAUAGUUCUAUAACCAAAAACAUCAAAAAAUCAAACCAUCAAGUAAAUAUAAAAAUAUAAAUAUAAAAUAUAUGUAAAAAGAUUAAGUAGUUAUGCCCUUUUUGUACUAUAAUACUUAUUUAACUUUUACUGGCAUAAUUAUUUCAAAAUUUCAAUAAAAUGUUUUCAUUGUCUGCA